AUGGAGAUAACAAUCUUACUGUCAGCGCUCCUGAUGGCGACGGCGGUGGGUCUCGGCGGCGGCGCGGCCGUGUUCGACCUGAAGGUCAGCGGGAUAUCGAUCCAAGGCGGGAGAGCCCCGCAGAGCAGCGACCACGGGCGACACGCUGCGAGGAGGCAGACACAUCAAGAGCAAAAUGGUGACAAACGGAGGAGUUUGGACUUGGAGAGCUUCAAGAUCUACGCGACCCCAACGACCAUCAAAACGGGCCUGCCCAGAAUUGUCCGGCUCUACCCUCCCACUGCUAAACCCGCCAACAUGCACGCCAACAUGCCCAUGCGCUUUGGACGGGAAAAUGUUCCCGGGGACGACAAGUCGCAGUCCAACAUGCCACAAAGGUUUGGAAGGUCCAGAGAGGAGAGCCCAAAAUGUGCUGAUUGUUUUGGAGACCAGAGGAAGUGGCCAAAGAGUCCAUACUGGAGGCUUCUAAGGAUGCUAGCUCGUGUCCAGUUUUGGAAAACAGGCUUGAGCUGGUCUGAAGAUUUUUACUUAAUGACUCGCUUGGAAGAAAUGGAGACGCAAAUAAAGACACUCCAAGCAAUGAUGUAAAUCUAUGCAGGAUUGUAGCAUCAUGAUGAGGACAAAGUAAAUGUCCAUUAAGUUGUGUUAAUUGUGACAG